AUGGCGGUUAUUUCCCUCUCUCUUCUUCCUCCUCAUUCCUGCUUCUGUGCUGCCGGAAUCCAUUUACGUUCCCACAACAGCACCAGCAAUUUCCUUUCGAUUCAUUCUCCUUCUCCUUUUCCUUCUACUUUCUCUAACUCUAAUUCUAAAUUCUCAUCUAGAAGAAAACGAUUUCACACUGUUUUUGCUUCUUCUUCUGAUUAUUAUGCUACUCUCGGAGUUCCCAAAUCCGCCACCGUCAAAGAUAUCAAAGCUGCUUAUCGAAGGUUAGCUCGUCAGUAUCAUCCUGAUGUGAACAAAGAGCCUGGGGCAACUGAUAAAUUUAAAGAGAUUAGUAAUGCCUAUGAGGUGCUAUCAGAUGACAAAAAGAGGGCUUUGUAUGAUCGAUAUGGUGAGGCAGGGGUUAAGAGCUCAGUGGGAGGAGGAUCAAGUGCCUAUGCGACAAAUCCAUUUGAUUUAUUUGAGACAUUUUUUGGGUCAAAUAUGGGCGGCUUUGCUGGAAUGGAUCCAACUGGAUUUGGCACACGGCGUCGUAGUACUGUUACAAAGGGUGAAGAUAUCCGGUAUGAUUUCUCCUUGGAGUUUUCUGAGGCAAUUUUCGGAGCAGAGAAAGAAUUCGAGCUUUCCCAUUUAGAAACAUGCGAAACCUGUACUGGUACUGGUGCAAAGUUAGGAUCCAAGAUGAGAGUAUGUUCAACUUGUGGUGGCAGAGGUCAGGUGAUGAGGACCGAACAAACACCUUUUGGGUUGUUCUCACAGGUUUCAGUAUGUCCAAACUGUGGAGGUGAUGGUGAAACCAUAUCUGAAAAUUGCCGUAAAUGCAGUGGUGCAGGACGCAUACGGGUUAAGAAAAAUAUAAAAGUUAAAGUUCCUCCCGGGGUUAGCUCAGGCAGUAUCUUAAGAGUCACUGGAGAGGGUGAUGCUGGACCAAGAGGCAGGGGGCCUCCAGGAGAUCUUUAUGUAUAUCUUGAUGUGCUUGAGAUACCAGGAAUUCAAAGAGAUGACAUUAAUCUUCGCUCAACAAUAUCAAUCACUUAUCUAGAUGCUAUACUGGGGUCUGUAGUGAAGGUAAAGACGGUUGAAGGCACUUCUGAACUACAAAUCCCUUCUGGUACCCAACCUGGAGAUGUCAUCGUCCUUGCAAAGAAGGGUGUACCAAAAUUAAACAGACCAUCAAUACGUGGUGACCACUUAUUUACUGUUAAAGUUACAAUACCAAAACGUAUCAGUUCAAAGGAGCGGGAGGUGCUUGAAGAACUUGCUUCUCUAGGUGACACAAGUAGUCAUUCAAGAUCCCGUCCUAGGACUCAACCUUCCACCGGAAGUAAGGCAGCUCCUGCAGCUCAAAGGGCCGAAAGUCCAACAGCAACAGUCACAGAAAAACCAGAGAAAUCAGAAGAGCGAGAAGAACAAGAUGAUGACUUAUGGAACAAACUAAAGAACGUGGCUGGAUCUGUGGCAAAUGGAGCUCUAAAGUGGUUUAAAGAUAAUCUCUAG